AUGUCCAAUCUUACUUACUCGGCCGAAAAUCAGACCACCGUGACUGUGCCCUCCGGCAACCUUUUCGAAGAAAUAUCUGGAACUGACUCGUUUGCUAAGUCGGAAGGAAUCCACGGCUUUGACAGUGUAUUCAGCGACAUAGGAGGAAGCAGAAAAUCUGUCAAUCUACCUCAUCAGGUACCCGUGCAGCAAUCCUCCCCUACUCGUCUGCCGCCUGGUUCGUGUGGAGAGCCAUGCCCUCUAGAGCGCUCUGAUUCUACCCCCGGCGUACAUGCGUCAUUCCAAUCCCUUUCCGAUAUUUUGCCAUGGGGAUUCAGACCAGGGCAAGAUCCUAAAAUCACUUCAACAGCAGAAUUCUGCACACUCGACGACGCCACUCAGAAGCCUGACUUUGAGAGGCGCACACCAUCUCCCAUCUUUUUCCCGCAACAAAAGAACCGGCAAGGCCGUGCCGGCCCUGUGCGCCUGGCAGUUGACCACGGUUCAGAACAUCCGGAAGAGCAACGAAUAUCCAGUCCAUACUAUCUCCCUGAGCAAGAGGCGAGAUAUGUAUCACAAAUCGAUACCAACGAUACAGAAGACCGAAGACACUCAAGCUCCAAUCAAGCGAUUGUAGAGCAUGAGGCGCUUCCCAGCCCUCAACAGGACCAUUGGAUGGAUGUGACAGACAUUCCCUAUAUUCCUAGGAAACCAUCACAUGGAGUCCAGCGAAGACCCAGGACGGGAAAGCGGAAGGAUGGUGGCGAGGACAUCAACCAAGCACCAGUAUUCAGGGCGCGUUCAAGACGUCGUCCAGAUCGACCCAAAUUGGCGCCCGAGGACUCCGACGAGGGAUAG